GAUGGAUAAUAAGUUAUCGUUGUCGACAAUACACAGUUGCAAAUUGCUUCAAAAUCUGAAGAUCGAACUACAAACACAACAAUGAUCGAACUAAUCCUAUGUAGUAUCAGUCGUCCAACAUUAUUAUACUGCCAAGUCCUUGGAGUCAUGCGAAGCAUAACAUCUGUAUAUAUAUAUAUAUUCCCACACUUAUAAGACAAGAGCAUGUAGGAAUAUGGCAAUGGAAAUUAGCUCAAGGAGGAAUAUGGCCGCCGCAAAUUUGCCCCCUCUCAACUCCGUCACACCACUCCGCCGUACAACGGCCAACCGACUCUAUGCCCUAAUAUACGCUUCUGCCCUCCUAGCUCUCUUCUACCGCCACGUCCGGCAGCUCCUCCUCCUGUGCUCUACCACUCCCACCUCCGCUGCUGCCGCCACCUUGAGCCUGAUCGUGGCCGAUUCCAUGCUCGCCUUCAUGUGGUGCAGCAGGCAGUCGUUCCGCAUGUACCCGAUCCGCCGGACAGAGUAUGUCGAGAAUAUCCCUAAAGUGCUUAAGGAGGAAGAUUUUCCUGCGCUGGAUGUGUUCAUAUGCACCUCGGAUCCCUAUAGGGAGCCGCCGAUCACGGUGAUGAACACGGCACUGUCAGUCAUGGCGUACGACUACCCGGCCAACAAGUUGUCCGUGUACCUGUCAGAUGAUGGCGGAUCCCAGAUCACGCUCUUCGCAUUCAUGGAAGCCGCCAAGUUUGCUGCCCACUGGUUGCCCUUCUGUCGGGAGAAUAAGGUGGUGAAGCGAAGCCCCGAGGAUUAUUUCAAGUCGACAAAUCAAAGCAUUGGCACCGAGACUGAGAGGAUUAAGGUGAUGUAUGAGGGCGUGAAAGUGAGGAUAGAGAAUGUGGCAGCGAAAGGGGAAGUCGGCGAGGAAUUCAUCGCCGGAGACAAACAACGCCAAGCUCUUAGCCAGUGGACGGACACCUUCACCCGUCAAACUCACCCACCUGUCAUUCAGGCCUUGGUGGACAGCAGCCAAGACAGGGACACUGCAGGAAAUGUGAUGCCCAACCUCGUCUAUGUCUCGCGAGGCAAAAGCAGGACAGUGCCCCAUAAUUUCAAGGCCGGUGCCCUCAAUGCUCUGGUUCGGGUAUCAGCUGUCAUGACCAAUGCACCUAUCAUCCUGACUCUCGACUGCGACAUGCGCUCCAACGAUCCCAGUACGCCCCGUCGAAUGCUCUGCCACCUAGCAGACCCGAACACGGACCAGUCCAAGUUAGCAUAUGUUCAGUUCCCUCAAUUUUUUGAGGGGCUCAAUAGGGACGACAUAUAUGCCAGUAGCUUCAAGAGUGUGUUCCAGAUAAAUCCCAUCGGAAUGAUUAACGGGCCCGACUAUGUUGGCACCGGGUGUUUCUUCCGCCGCAGGGCACUGUUCGGCAGUCCAGCAGCUUUGGUGCCAAUGGAGAUUCCCGAACUGAACGUCGACCAUGUUGUGGAGAGGCCAAUACAGUCCAAAGAGUCCAUGGCAUUGGCGCAUCACGUAGCUAGCUGCGAUCACGAGAACAUGACCAACUGGGGAUCUAAGGUGGGAUUUAGAUACGGGACAGUGGUGGAGGACCAGUUCACGAGCUACCAGCUGCACUGCAGUGGGUGGAAGUCGAUAUUCUGCAACCCCGACCGACCCGCAUUCCUCGGCGAUGCACCGACCAGCCUCAUCAACAUGCUGAACCAGUCCAAGAGGUGGGUCGUUGGGCUCCACGAGAUGACCUUUUCGAGAUACAGCGUCGUGACCUAUGGGUUCAGGUCCAUGGGCCUCCUCAUGGGCUUGUCAUACGCCCACUAUGCCUUCUGGCCCAUGUGGUUUAUCCCCAUUGUCGUUUAUUCCGUCGUCCCUCAGCUUGGUCUCAUCAGCGGCCUCCCCGUUUUCCCAAUGGCAUCGGAGCCGUCGUUCCUCUUGUACAUGUUCCUUAUCCUCGGGGCCUACUCCCGGGAUCUGGUCGACUUCCUCUUGUCUGGCAAUGGCGCGACAGUCAGGCAGUGGUGGAACGACCAGAGGAUUUGCCUAAUCCGUGGCCUCACGUGCUUCCUCUUCGGGUCGCUCGAGUUCGGCCUCAAGCGCCUCGGCAUCUCUGUCGGCGGCUACAGCGUCACGAGCAAGGCAACAAACGAUGAGCAGAGCAAGAUGUACGAGCAAGGGGUGUUCGACUUUGGGGCAUCAUCCCCCAUGUUUGUCCCCCUCUCUGUGGCGGCCCUCAUCAACUUGGUAGCCUUCACAACGGCGCUCGCGCGGGGUUUAGCGGUUGAAAGAUUUGCAUUGCAAAUGCUCCUGGCCGGUUUCGGAGUAGCGAACGGGUGGCCGCUCUAUCAGGCCAUGUUUUUUAGGAGUGACAAGGGGAAGUUGCCUACAACCAUCACUUUGGCUUCCGCUUUAGUUGCUGCUCUUCUCUGCGCCGCAGCCUCCCUUGCUUAGGUUGCGGCAUCUCGUUUAUGUCCACGGGAGGAGAUCGUAAGGAUAACAAACGGAAAGAUCGCGGUUAAAGUUUCGCGCAGUUGCGUUGGUCACAAUUUUUUACAGGGAAUAACAGUCGACAAAUUAUGAUUCACAUCGUACA